GCACCUCUUAAUUGAUAGGCUUUUAUUAGAUAGACAUCUUGUAUUUUUUCUUGAAAAAAAAAUUAAAAAAGCUAUUCCUAUCUAGUGGAAUUAGUUCACUCCUCUCUUUGGGUUUCCAAUGGAUUCUGCCCAAGAAUUAUCACAACAAACCAACGGCAAAAACGAAGAUAAUGCAAGACCAAAUGAAAAUGAAAGCCAUCAUACUUCCAUAGCAGCCAACCCAAACAACAAUAAUUUCCACAUACCAAAGCUAACACAGUACAAAAAAUGGAUCCGAGUAAUGACUUACAUCCUAUUUCUCCUCGUUGGGCAAACUACCGGCAUCCUAUUGCUAAGACUCUACUUUGACAAAGGAGGAAACAGCAAAUGGAUGGCUACCUUUGUGCAAACAGCCGGAUUUCCCAUCCUCAUUCCCCUCAAAUUCUACUUCUCUUUCACUUCACCAACUAAUUUUCGCCCCUCGCUCUUCAAGCUCACCUCCCUUUACUUUGUUUUCGGCAUCCUUGUAACCGGAGAUAACUUGAUGUACUCUUAUGGAAUACUCAACCUCCCAGUCUCUACAUACGCCUUGUUAUGUGCCUCUCAACUAGCCUUCAGCGCGGUCACCUCCUUCUUCAUUAACUCGCAAAAAAUCACCGCUCUUGUACUUAACUCGCUUGUGAUCAUCACUAUAUCAACGUGCCUAUUAGCCAUCAAUGCCAAUGAUGAAGGUAACACGAGCAACAAUGUCGUAAAGGGAAGAUAUGUAGUAGGCUUCAUAUGCACUGUUGGUGCUUCCGCGACAUAUGCUUUGUUGUUGUCCGUGGCACAAUUUUCUUUCGAGAAAGUGAUCAAGGACGAAUCUUUUAACACAGUGGUGUGUAUGCAACUUUAUCCUUCGUUUGUGGCGACUUGUGGUUGUGUUAUAGGGCUAUUUGCUAGUGGAGAAUGGAGCACGUUGCCGGAUGAAAUGAGGAAUUACAAGAAAGGAAGGGUGCCUUAUGUAAUGAUCUUAGCUUCCACGGCAAUAUGUUGGCAAGUUGCUUCGGUUGCGUUGUUAGGACUAAUCUUUGAAGUAUCUUCCCUUUUCUCAAAUGUGAUUAGCACUUUGAGUUUACCUUUGGUUCCGAUUUUCGCAGUAGUGUUCUUCCAUGAUAAGAUGAAUGGGGUGAAGGUGAUCUCUUUGGUGCUUGCUGUAUGGGGAUUUCUUUCUUAUAUAUAUCAGCAUUAUUUGGAUGGCAUUGAAGCUAAGAAGGCAAGAAAAAAAAGUGCCAAUGAAAUAGUUCUCGGAGAUAGCUCAGAGGUGUGCUGAUAUAGAGGAUAUUUUGUAAUUAAGAUUAGAUAUUGUUAUGUUUCUAGUUUUUGUGUGAACAUUUAUAUAAAUUUCUAUUGUGUUACCGUAACAUAAA